UGUUUAUUUUCGAUUAUCGGCGAUAUGCCAUGUGCAUUUGAAUUCAUUUUUAAUCAUAUCUUAGGCUCUUUACAUUUAGUUUCAAGCUCAGUCUUAACUACUGGGCAUAACUAUUCCAAAAAAAUUUUCAAAACAAAUUCAAAUAUCGAUUAAAUAUAGAAAUAUCUUCAAAAAUACACGAGGCAUUUUUUGAUAAGCAGACGGCAUCCCGCGUGAAAACUGAUAAUUUGUUAGCUUUUAGUAUUUUUUUGAAAAUUUUAAUAAAUACAUUUUGAAAUAUAUAAUAUUUACCCCAGAAGUGGGAGAAAUCUAUUUAAAAGAAAGAUGAACAAAAAUUGGAGUUGUAUAGUUAUAACUUGCUCUUCUCUGUCAUCUGUGAUAGCGACCGAAAGAGAAAUUGAAUUUUUAAAGAAAAAAGGGAGGAUACCAAGUUCUGUUUGUGUUUUAACAAUUGAAGAUCCAGCAAAAAAUUUAGGGAGUGGAGCUGCUACACUCAAUGCACUUUUGAUGGCAGUUGAAUAUUUAAGUGCUAAACAAAAUUACAUGGUGCUAACUUCAGAUGUUCUUUUGCAAGCUCACAUUUUAAUUUUACACAAUGGUAGAGAUUAUUUGUACAGUUGUUCUGGCAAAGCUUUUACUUCUCUUCCUCUGGAAUAUGUUCCUGAAGACAAAUCAAAACCAUACUGUUGUGGCAUUUUGAAUAAUUUAGAAGCAGCAUUUCAGCUAAUUGAUCAACUCUCUUUUCAAAGCCCAUAUGGAGUUUGGGUGUGUAGUACUGAUAUGCUUAUCUUGCAGAAAGAAAAAUGUUAUAAUCCAUUUGCAUGGGAAAAUGUUGCAGAUGUUGUUAUGUUUUGUAUUCACACAGAUAUUGAAUAUGCAACAAAUCAUGGAGUUAUUAGUAUUGAUAAUCAGGGUUAUAUUUCUGACAUAUUUUAUUGCCGGCCAUUUGAUCAAAUUAAAAGUUUUGCACAAGGUGAUGGAAAAGUGCCAAUAAUAUCUGGUAUUGUAUUUUUGAAAACUAAUGUUGCAGAAAGUUUAUUAUCUCUUCAUGUUCAAGCUCCUCUGGAUAGUUGUACAUAUUUAGGCUUAGAUUGUGGAAAUCAACCUAUUCAGGUGUCUUUGUUUUUUGAUUUAUUAAUUGCUAUGGCAACAAAUAUGACUAAAGAAGCUUUCAUUUCUGGAAAAUGUGGUAAAACUUACAACAAUAAGUUUGGAAUUCAAGCAAGUUACUCAAAUGAAAGCAUGCUAGCUCGAUCUUUGGUUUGGAAAGAACUUAACAGUUUCAGAAUGUCUGCAAGAAUAAUUCCUGAUUCCCAACAUUUGUACUGGUCAGCUGAACAGAAUACUAGUUAUCAUGUUUCUAACUUGCUUAAAAUUGCUUCUACUAAAGAAGUACAUUCUGUAUUUCAGAUACAGAAUUCUUCUAUUUCUAAUUCAUGCUUAUUGCUUAAUUCCUGUCUAGAAGCCCAAAUGCUUCAGUUAUUGUCGCACACAGUUAUUAUUGAUUCCUUCUUAAGGGCCAGUGGUUUAAAGUUCGGGGAAAAUUGUUUCAUCUCUGGUGUUACAUUUUGUAAUGAUCAGUAUGUUCUAAACAUUCCAGAUAAUCUAUGUAUCAUGCAUACAUCAUUGAAAGAAUUACCAGGAAAGGAUUGUUUCAUAUUAUUUGGAAUCCAUGAAAAUCCCUUUUUGCCUGUGGAUCUUGAUCAAGGCACAUUUUGCAAUAAAUCCUGGUCUGAAAUUUUAAGACGUCUUUGUAUUGGAGAAGAUGAAAUAUGGGCUUUAGACUUGAGUCCAGAUAGAAAAACCUUGAUGAAUGCAAAGCUUUUUACCUGUAAUUUGUCUUUGAAAGAAAUCCUUGAUUUAUUUUUAAAUGAAAAUAAAACCUGUAAUGCAGAUUUAACAAAAAAAUGGAAAAAUUCUGAGCGAUUUUCAUUGGGAGAAAUUAUGGAAAAUAUAAAUUACUGCUCAAAUUUUGAUCACAAAAGACAAAUGCAUGCUGAAAUAGCCUGUAGAAAAAUAAGAAAUUCCAUUUGUGAAAACAAAGAUAUUUAUCUAUUACCAUAUUUCUAUGCAUCUUGUGCUGAAAAUUGGUCUGAAUCUGUUAUGAACACGUUAGAUGAUGUUUUAUUGUCAGAUGUCAAUUCAGUAAUUAAAACAAGAACACUGAGUUGCAUUGCAGAUCUUCUUAGCAUAAAAGCUGGUAUCACAGGAGGGCUUCGAAGUGGGCCAGGGAGCAAUCGUACAUGGAAUAAAGCAUUUACAUUACUUCUUAAUGGCAAUGUUGCAGAAGGCUUAAAAGAACUAUUAAGAGAAAGAUCACAUUGGCUAAGUCGGCCAGAUCAUUUGAUGCGUGCAGCUCGUCAUUAUGAAAGGGCAGCUCAGAUUUUCAUUCAGAAUUCUGUCAAAACUGUUAAAGAAUUCAUGAUUUUGACUCCAGUGCACCUACCUGAAAUAGGAGUGCAAGUAACAGCAGAAUGUCCUGCAAGGAUUGAUCUUCAAGGAGGGUGGUCAGAUACUCCACCCAUAUGUUAUGAACUUGGAGGAUCUGUGGUCAAUAUUGCUCUUCUUAUUGAUGGGAAGAAACCCAUUGGUUCUCGAGCUUUCAGAAUAAGAGAACCAUAUAUUGUACUGAAAAUUGGUCUUGGAGAAAUGAUUCAAGAGCUAGUAAUCAAAGAUAUGAAAGAUGUUUUGAAUUAUGAUCAGCCAAAUGCACAAGGGGCCCUUUUGAAAGCUGCUCUCAUAUGUACAAAUAUUGUUAAUAUUAAUUGUGAGAAAUCCUUAGAAGAACAACUUUUAGGAAAUUUUGGUGGAGGGUUUGAAAUACAAUCAUGGUCAAAUCUUCCUCAAGGAUGUGGUAUGGGAACAAGUAGUAUAUUAGCUGGAGCUAUUGUUGCAGUUUUGUGGUCUGUAACAGGGAAAUCUUUUGACAAGAGUUCUGUAAUACAUGCUGUUCUGUAUAUUGAGCAACUGCUUACAACUGGUGGUGGUUGGCAAGAUCAAGUUUCAGGGAUAACUGGAGGUAUUAACAGAGGAUAUUCUGAACCAGCAUUACCUGUGCACGUAAAAGUGGAGCCUAUACAAAUAGAGACUCCUAUUUUAGAAAAGUUGAAUGCUCACUUUCUUUUAAUUUACACUGGGAAAGUCAGACUAGCUAAAAAUUUGUUACAGAAUGUUAUCCGCAAUUGGUAUGCUAGAGAAGAGACCAUUGUACAAUGUUUUAAAGCUUUAAUAACAUAUUCCUUUGAAAUGAAGGCAGCUCUACUGAAUGGGAAUUUACCCGAAAUUGGUCAACUCAUGGAAAAGUAUUGGGAACAGAAAAAAAUUUUAGCCCCUGGUUCUGAACCUGCUAGUGUGAAAGAAAUUAUGGACAUAAUCAAACCAUUCUGUUAUGGUCAACUUUUAGCUGGAGCAGGUGGAGGUGGAUUCAUGUGCAUCUUGACAAAAGAACCAAAUGCAAAGGAAAUGAUAAAAACUGCUCUUCAAAAAUACAAGGAUCAUCAGAAAUUGUCUAUUCACAAUGUUACAAUUCACAAAGAAGGACUUGAAAUCACAGUAUAAGUGACUUUUAUACUUUUGCAACUUUAACUUUGAUGAAGAAAAUUAUAUUUUGUUGUAUUAAUUUUUACAUCUAAUUAUUAUUUUUAUAUGAAAUUAAUAAAGCACAUAC